AUUUGACCGUGUUAUUUGUUAACUGUUAUAACUAUCUGUGCCUUAGUGUGGACGGGGGACAUAAUGGGGCAGAUGCAAACCACACCCUUGUCUCUUAUGCUCUCCCACUUCUCGGAUGUUAGGGAAAGAGCUCGUAUUCUGAGCAUAGACAUACGGAGAGAGAGAUUCCAAAUUUAUUGCAUUUCAGAAUGGCCAACCUUUGACGUGGGAUGGCACCGAGAAGGAAGUUUUCACCUACCUAUUAUCUUACAGGUUAAGGCCGUGAUCUUCAGGAACAAACCAGAUGGCCACCGUGACCAGAUGCCCAACAUCCUGGCCUGGCAGGACAUGAUCGAGAAUUCCCCUCCUUGGCUAAAACCCUUUUUACUCCCCAAAGCGCACAACUCGGCUGAAGGUGCACGGAGUCAGAGCCGAUCUCCAGGACCAGCCACUGCCGAAUGCUGGUGCCACCUGGUACACGACGGCAGCAGUUUUGUCCGAGAAGGAGUCCGAUACCCGGGGGCAGCCUAACCACGGAGACGGAGACCGUCUGGGCGGAGCCACUGGCAGCCGGACUGUCGGCUCAGCGAGCAGAACUGGUCACACCGGCCACGGCGCUGACCGCGGGGGAAGGUAAACGAAUCAACAUCUACCCCGACAGCAGGUCCGCCCUCGCCACCGCUCACCUCCACGGAGCCCUUUACAGGGAGGGAGGGCUCUGACAGCGGAGGGAAAGACCCUUAAAAACCAAACGGAGAUCCUUGAACUCCUGAGGGCCCUCUGGCUGCCCAAGGCCCGGGCCGUCAUCCACUGUCCGGGGCACCAAAAGGCAGACGCCAGUAGCCAGGGGAAACCGGCGAGCAGAUUUAAAAGCAAAGGAGGCGGCCCUUCUGGUGACCCAGGUCUUAGCAACCACGCGACCUGACCCCGGGGGCACGACCCUGCCGGACACCCCCAACUAUACUGAUGCUGACUUACACUGGAUCAAACGCUUGCCUGUGACCCUGUGCUUGCGUGGCUGGUGGAGGGCCGCAGACUCCAGCAUCAUCCUGCCAGAGGAACUGGGACGGCGAGGCCUAUCCAAAAUGCAUCGGAGUCCUCACAUGGGGACAAGGAAGAUGGAAGACCUCAUAGGACAUGCAAAGAUCACUAUUAAAGACUCUCGAGCAAAGAUCGAGCAGAUUGCGGCGAGCUGCCACGCGUGCCAGUUAACUAAUGCCACCGCCCAUGGAUCUAACCGGGCACCCGGCUCCGGGGGGACCGCCCAGGAGCCUACUGGGAAGUGGACUUCACUGAGGUAAA